AUGCAGAUAUCCACACUUUGUGAAUUUGAUUGGAUUGGAUCGUGCGAAUUGGAUUGGAUCAAAUAUUUUAUGAAAACCCCUACUACUCACAGCUAUGAACAAAGUGGCUUACUUACGGGGUGUAAAAUUGCUCGAGGCGCGCUGGUAAUCUCUCAUAUGAUCUUUGUUGAUGACAACUACAUUUACUGUAAGGCAACUGAGAAAGAAGCGUACAAUGUGAAGGAGCUAUUGCAUACUUCUGCGGUGGCUUCGGGGCAAAGAAUCAACUUCUCUAAGUCUUCCAUGUUUUUCAGCAACAAUACUGGAAGCGUGGUGAGGGAUUCCAUUUGUGCUAUGUUGGAAAUUUAUGAGGCUGAUGAAAAUGGCUAUUACCUGGGUCUUCCGUGUUCGGUGGGGAGAAAUAAGAAUGCUAUUCUUGGUUUUCUUAAGGAUAAGCUUCGAAAGAGAAUUCAAGGGUGGGAAAGGCGUAUUUUAUCUCGUGCGGGAAAGGAGGUUUUGCCGAAAUCUAUUGCUCAAGCCUUGCCGAGUUAUGCUAUGAGUUUUUUUCUCUUGCCUUCUAACACGUGUAAGGAGUUAAAGCGGCUUAUGGCUAAGUUUUGGUGGCAAUCGGAUUCGAGUAGUGGUAAAGGUAUUCAUUGGAUGAGCUGGGAGCGGUUGUGUCGCCAUAAACAUGUAGUGGGAUUGGGCUUCUGA